AUGAAUGAUAUAGGCGUUAAAAUAGCAGAAUCUCCGAAGGAGCUAUCGGGGAUUUCUCCAGCGCCAGAGGUUGACGUCCACAAUGAAGUCGAUCCUCUAUCCAUAGAAGAUCCUGAUGAUGGUAUAGCGAAAGAUCCUCUCAAUGUAGAGGACACUGUUGGAACAGAAGGAAAACCGGAAAGCUGUGAUGAAAAUACCAAAGAAGAUAAUUUAAGUGAGAAGCAGAAUAAUGAUACUGAUGUUAUAACUGUACCAUCUGAGAAGGUCAAAGAGGAUGAUGGUUGUAUAAAUGUAAUUGAGGAUGAUAAGAAUGCACCAGAAGAAGUUGUUAUAGAUGUUAAGCCAAUCGAGCAAGCUCCCAUUAGCACAAUCUCUGUGUCGAGUGAACCCGACAAAAACAAAGAAGUGAAUGAGCCUGCUACGAUAGAUAAAGUUAAGGAGCCAAGUCCAGUGAAGGAGGUCCCUAUAGUCGAUGUUGAAGAAGUGAAACCUCAGGAAAUAGAUCCUGAUGUGGAAAUGACUGAAGUGGUGCAGCUAGACGAAAAGAUUGAGAAAACUGAGUCCAAGUUAAAAACACCAUCUCUUAAUGGGGAUAUUAUUAAGGAAGAUCAAGCAGCUAAAAGGCGCUUAAGUGAAGAUAUUGAUACAGAAUCACCUUUGAAGAAGCUCUGUCAGGAGGUAGAAAAGACAUUCCCGCAACACGAUGUCAUGAUAAACGAUUACAUUCAGACCGCGACUAAGAACAACGUAGACGAAAUACAGAGGCACACUGAGCAGCUGCUCUCCGAGAUCCAAACACUCCGAGAGCUCGCCCAGAAGAAGGAGCACGAGUGGAACAACAUUCUGCAUUUGAAGAAGGUCAAAGAGGAGAUACUGUUGAGGCUGCUAAGGCGCAAGCAGGUGCUGUCGUUCGAGAAGUCAGCGGACGUCAACGGUGCGGAGCGCGCGGACCCGUUCGAGUAUUUGAACCAGGCCAAAAACCUGGCCAUCGACAAGAGCGACGAGAUAUCCGGCCUGGCGAUAAAGCCGCCCACCCCGGCGAUGGUCAACCCCAUCCUGCAGCCGCCCGUGAUGCCCGUCACCACCCACUUCAACCACAUGUCCGGCCUACCGCCGCCGUACGACAAAGCGGCGCACAUGCAGUCCAUGCAGAAGCAGGUCUUCCCGCAGCCGCUGAUGAUGCCCGGCCCCGGCAUGAUGCCCGGCUUCCCGAGGGACAUGAACGGCCAGCUGCCCACCAGCUUCGGCAUGCCGAUGGGCAGGCAGGGCCCCACGAAGGACGUCAAAUCGAUAAUAGCCGACUACAGGCAGCGGAACCCGGAGGUCACCCCGAGACGGGGCAGGAGGAUGAAGUCGAUACUGAACCCCAACAUGAUGAACGCACCGAGACCGAUUGCCCCUAAGAUAGACAAUUUGAACAACUUCAACAAUCUCAACAUGCUCUUCAAUAAUUUAGAUAUGAACCAAAAGGCGAUGCUGGAGCGGCUACAGCAGAUACAAGCGGGCGGGUUGCCCAACGGGCUCUCCUUCAAGGACGUGCUCGUCCAGUUCGCCAACAUGCAGGCGAACCCAAACCUGAUGCCCGGCAGGCCGAUGGAGGCGGCGAUGGCCACCAGGCCGGAGCACCACAUCAGACCCGAGGGCAGGAGGAGACAGGACAGGGCCCACGAGGAGCCCCACACACCCAAGCAAGCGGAGAGACUCGCCUCGCCGAGCCCCAGGCUGCCACCGCCGCCCCCAUACCCUGAGAUCUCCCUACUGCCGGUCACCACCAGCCAGGAAGUGACGCAGUCCCAGAACUCCUUGCUUCACGGAAUACUCACCAAGCAGGCGCCCCCUGCGUCUCAGAGUUUCUCCCCGACGUUGGCUAAACUGCUUACGUCGCCGGAAAAGAAACAGAGCGCGCCAACGUUGCCAACUUUCGGUCAGGCCAAGAACUGUGGCGAGAUAACAAUAACUCCCGUGCAGCCAACACCGCCGCCACCGGAACCACAACCGGAGAAGGCUGAGGAGGUGGUCCAGUUGGACGACGAGGAGAGCCCCGCUUCGGAGUGCUCCGGCGCGGGCUCCCCCGCCGGCUCGGGCUCCGGGCGGCUGGUGAUCGACGAGGGCGGCGACGCGCAGGAGGCCGGCGGCGGCGGCGACUCCGCCCCGGCGCCCCUCUGCCAGGGCUGCAGGCGGCGGGACGCGCAGUUCGUGUGCGCCGGCUGCGCCAACCAGUGGUACUGCAGCCGCGACUGCCAGGUCGCCGCAUGGGAUGAACACUCCGAAAUGUGUUCCGGU